CUGCUGUAACUCCGAGUCGGUCCACGCGAGGGAGAUGGAAGCGGUCAAGCCCGCCCACGGCCCGCCUGACGACGCCGCCGGACGCUGCGCCGAAGACAAGCAGAGCGGCUUCGCGGAUGACGCGUCAAGCAAUGGCCAAGCGGACAAGGUCGAGACAAUCGGGCCCGUCGAGCUCUUCAAUCGCCUCCAGCACAGCAGCCACAGCGUCGUCUUCCUCGUGCUGACCAACGCCGACGUGACCUCGGGCGUCUUCUCGACGGUCGGCUUUACCGAGACGAACGACAACUAUUGCAACUUUUACCUGCCGCCGUCCGUGUCGGAGCGCCUCGUGGACCCGUCGACGACACUCUCCCAUCUGCUCUUGCUCGGUGGCGAUGACGUGGCCAUGACGUCGCUGCCCUCCAAGAUGCAGCUGCUCAUCCACGUCGUGGCCGAGCUUCGCGCGAGCGCGGGCCUCGCGCCGCUGAUCACGCAGUUCGUCGAUCCGUCGUUUGCGUCGUCGUUCCGGCUCGACGCGCCGCCCAGCGUCAACUUGAUUGCGACGUCAUCGGGCUGGAUCUUCCUCGGCAACAGCGCCGACGCCGUGCGCAGCAGCGUCGUCCGCGACCUCAACAUCGAAGCGAUCGUCAACUGCUCGUCGUCGACGCAGGACAAGCCGUUCGCGCACGUCGAGUACUUCGACCUGUCUGUCUCGCGCGAAGACCCGGAGGCCGGCACGUUCAGUGCCUUUGACGACGCGACAGCGUUUAUCGAGGCGGCGUUUGCGACCAAAUCGCGCCUCCUAGUCCACUCGACGUACGGCCGGUCGCGCUGCUGCAUGCUCGUGGUCUACUUUAUCAUGAAGACCGAGCGCGCGUCGCUCUAUGACGCGUACCACCGUGUCUUGUGCGGUCGGCCUGGCAUGAUGCCGCGCGAUGCGAUCCUCGGCAUCUUGCUCGCCAAGGAAACGGCGCUCUACGGCAAACGCAGCAUCGCCGCCGACGACAAGGCCGCCCUGCGCCAGCUCACGCGUGGCGACGGCCUUCCGCCGCGCGACAAGGCCGCCCACGCCAUUGCGCUCGCGAACCUCAACGCCGCGGAGCUCCAAGCGCUCGCGGCCAAGCAAACAGCCGCAAAAGCCUCGUCGUUUGCAACCAACGCGUUUGUGCUCGCGAGCACCACCGACGCGCGGCCCGAGACGCGUCGGCGCGUCGUGCCCGAGACGUCGGUCACGUGCCGAUGGCUCUUCAACCGCCUGCAGAGUGGGACCGGCAUGCUCCUGCUGGACGCGCGAAGCCGCGGAAGCUUUGAAGAAGACUCGAUCCCGACAGCAAUCUCGGCGCCGCCGCCGUCGGGCCGCGUGUCGCUGAGUCAGCUCGAGCGGGCGCUUCUUCCGGAGCAAGCGCAUCUCUUCUCGGCCAAGAAGCGCAAGCUGCGCGAGGUGGUGAUCUACGGCGAGACGGUGCGGCCGAGCACGCCGCACUGGGGCCGCCAGCUCGGAGCGCUCCUCGUCGAGGAAGGGCUGGUCUCGAGCGUUCGAUACCUUGACGACGGCUUCACGACGUUCCAGUACCGGUACCCGUUCUACACGACGCAGUUCCUCUUUGCGGGGCAGAACGCCGACGAAGGGCUCUUCCUCGCGCGCACGCAGAGCGGGACGCACAACAUCAACUACCCGAACGAGCUCCUCGACGGCUUCCUCUUCCUCGGCAACAUGUGGCACGCGCAGUCGUCCUCGGUCGUGCGCAACCUCGGCAUCACGCACAUUGUCAACGCCAGCCUCGACACGGGCAACGUCUUUGAGGCGGCCGGCGUCGCGUACCACGAGGUCAAGAUCAAGGACGACAUUUACGCCAACAUUGCGGCUCACUUUGAACCCACGUUUGCGUUUCUCGAGGGCGCCAAGCAGACGCAGCACAGCCGCGUGCUCAUCCACUGCACGCAGGGCAUCUCGCGGUCCGCGACGCUCGCUAUCUACUACCUCAUGCGCGCGCAGCGCUGGUCGCUUGUGACAGCAGUCAACUAUUGCAUCGCGAACCGCGGCGUGUGCUUCCCCAACCAAGGCUUCCUCCAAGCGCUCAUGGUCGAAGAGCGCAACUUGUACCACGCCAACACGGUCUCGACCCACGAGCUCGAUGCGCUUCUUGAAGGGGGCUUGCUCGACAAGCCGGUCCCGAAGCCGAUGCUGACGCCCGACCACUCGAUGGCCGACGAAGGCUGCCACAUGUGCUCGAAAACGUUUUCGUUCUUUGAAUGGCGGCACCGGUGCGGCCUCUGCCGACGCGUCGUCUGCGCCAAGUGCUCGAGCAGCCGCCUCCUCUUGCCCGAGUCGAGCGGCGACGUCGGCCGCGUCUGCGACCACUGCCUCGUGCACCUCUGGGCGAUCCACCUCCCGCUGCCCUUCCGCCUCAACGUGCGCAUGAUGUUUGUCGACCGGUACGGCCCCCGCGCCCGCAAAUCGCUCUCGCUCAAGAGCCCGUGUCUCCAACACCAAGUGCUCAACAUCACGUACGUCCCCGGCACCGAGACGCACGUGCUGCUCAACAUUCUGCGCAAGCGCUUCCAAGUGCGCGCGUACGAGCUUCUCGAUGUGACGGGCGACGGCGUCGACGUGGGUGCCGACUGGAGUCUCCACGCCGCCGCGUACUUGGACUUGCCCGACAAUGCCGUCCUCUUUGCGUCCAUUGGCGAGUCGGGCUCGAUCCGCCAGCCGCGCCGUCGCCAGCCGUCGUGCGCCGAGCUCGCUGCGACCUCGACUCGGCGGUCGCGGUCGUUCUCCGAAGCGCCGUCGUACCGCACCAACGCCCGCUUGCAGCACCAUUCGAUGACGUCGACGCAGCAGCUUUCGCUCUCGGACCAGUCGCUGCCGACACCCAACGUCGCGCUCGACGAAACACGCUUCCAAGCGCUGUGGAGCGCUGCGUUCCCGACGCACCCCGAUGUUCCGGUCGAAGCGCUCGUCGAACUCGACCCCGAGCUUCUCUCGCAAGUGUUAUUGGCCCUCUCUGCCCCCAACGCAGACGUCGUACCCCUCUCGUCGUCGGCGCAGGCCUUUCUGCGGCGAUACGGUGCCACGUAAUCGAAUCUUAUUGAGGUAGUGAGA